GCAAUCGCUCGUGAGAGACGAAUGGCCGCGUCCCUAAUCCGCAUGCACUUCCACGACUGUUUUGUUCAUGGUUGUGACGCUUCGAUAUUGCUCGAGGGAACAUCAAAGAUAGAGAGUGAGCGAGAUGCAUUGCCAAACUUCAAAUCAGUGGGAGGUCCAAAAUGGGCGGUGAAAGUCGGAAGGAGAGAUUCGACGACCGCAUUUAAGGCUCUAGCAAAUAGUGGUGAACUUCCUGGCUUUAAAGAUAACCUUGACCAACGCUCUGGUCUCUUCAGCAAGAAAGGCCUUAACACUAGAGACCUUGUCGCUCUAUCAGGAGCUCACACCAUAGGACAAUCUCAAUGCUUCUUAUUUCGGGACAGGCUUUACGAGAACUCAAGCGACAUCGACGCAGGAUUUGCCAGCACACGCAAACGUCGAUGCCCAACCGUGGGAAGUGAUGGGAAUCUGGCAGCAUUGGAUCUCGUGACACCUAAUUCUUUCGACAACAAUUACUACAAGAACCUAAUGCAAAAGAAAGGACUUUUAGUAACUGAUCAAGUUUUGUUCGGAUCCGGUGCAUCAACUGACGGCAUUGUGUCGGAAUAUAGCAGGAACCGGUCAAAAUUCGCUGCAGAUUUCGCAACAGCCAUGAUCAAGAUGGGCUCUACACUCUCGGCUGAUGUGAUGAGCCUUGUGGAUACAUUGCCUGUGCUUGCAAAAACUCUUAUCGCUGGAGGAGCUGCUGGUGCAAUUGCUAAGACUGCUGUUGCACCUUUGGAAAGGAUCAAAAUUCUAUUGCAGACUAGAACAAACGACUUUAGGACCCUUGGUGUGUCCCAGUCACUUAAGAAGGUGUUACAAUUUGAUGGUCCUCUCGGAUUCUAUAAAGGAAAUGGGGCGAGUGUUAUUCGGAUUAUUCCAUAUGCUGCCCUUCAUUACAUGACGUAUGAAGUUUAUCGUGACUGGAUUUUGGAAAAAAAUCUUCCCUUAGGUUCUGGUCCAAUUGUUGAUCUUGUGGCUGGUUCAGCUGCAGGUGGAACAGCAGUUUUGUGCACAUAUCCCCUUGAUUUAGCUCGUACUAAGCUAGCUUACCAGGUUUCUGACACAAGACAGAGUCUCCGAGGUGGUGCGAAUGGAUUUUACCGUCAACCUACUUAUUCAGGCAUAAAAGAGGUGCUUACAAUGGCCUAUAAAGAAGGGGGACCACGCGGGCUAUAUCGUGGUAUAGGGCCAACGCUGAUUGGCAUCCUUCCUUACGCGGGCCUUAAGUUCUACAUAUAUGAGGAAUUGAAAAGACAUGUUCCUGAAGAGCAUCAAAACUCUGUUCGAAUGCAUCUACCUUGUGGAGCUUUAGCUGGUUUAUUUGGCCAGACCAUCACUUACCCAUUGGAUGUUGUUAGGAGACAAAUGCAGGUAGAGAAUCUGCAACCUUUGACGAGUGAAGGCAACAACAAGCGUUACAAGAACACAUUUGAUGGGCUUAACACGAUUGUUCGAACUCAGGGUUGGAGACAGUUGUUUGCUGGUUUAAGCAUCAACUACAUUAAGAUUGUUCCAUCGGUUGCGAUUGGAUUCACAGUCUAUGAGUCAAUGAAAAAUUCGAGGUUUUUUAGGGUUGUGGUCUUAACAAUGGAGGGAAUGUUGUCUUCGGGUGACCAACAGAGAUUAGUCUCUUCUUUCCUUGAAAUCGCCGUCGGACAGACCGCUGAAACUGCUCGACAGUUCUUACAGGCGACAAGCUGGAAACUUGAGGAAGCUAUUCAGCUUUUUUACAUUGGAAACGAAGGUGGUAUGCUUCCAUCUGGUACACAUACUCAGCCAGCGUCUAACGAUCACGUGGCUGCACAAUCUUGGGGGGCGGCUACAGGCACAGGAAACGAAAGGAUAAUGCAGAACGAUGUAGAUGAAGUCCGUGCUCCUUUACCUGUUGUGAGGGAGACUCUUUAUGGUGAAUCAGUGUAUUAUGGGACUAUGAGGGUGGGAAACUCUCAGCCUGAACCAAAUUCUUUGAUUGCUUUCCGUAACUUCAGUGAAGAGCCAAAAAGCCCUGGAAUUUGGGAACCAGAUGAGGGUGAUUCCUCUGCCUCAGCCUCAGCCUCUGCCUCUGCCUCCGCAUCAGAGUCAGCAUCCGCUCCUCGGGACAGCCUGGCCUCGUUGUACCGUCCUCCUUUUCAUCUGAUGUUCCAUGGCUCUUUUGAACAGGCAAAAGCUACUUCGUCUUCCCAGGAUAAAUGGCUUCUCGUCAACCUCCAAUCUUCCACGGAAUUCAGCUCUCAUAUGCUAAAUCGAGAUACUUGGGCGAAUGAUGCUGUUUCUCAGACUAUCAAAGCCAACUUCAUCUUCUGGCAGGUCUAUGAUGAUACCACGGAAGGAAGAAAGGUUUGCACAUACUACAAGCUCGAAUCUAUUCCCGUGGUGCUUGUAAUUGAUCCAACCACUGGUCAAAGGAUGAGAAUCUGGAGCGGAAUGGUUGAACCCGAGAAUCUGCUGGAGGAUUUAGUGCCGUUCAUGGAUGGUGGUCCUCGUGAACACUUUGCUUCUCUCUCAAAGAAGCGGCCAAGAGGCAGCUUCUCAUUGGCUCCUCAUUCCAAACCCAAAGAGGAUGUUGCAAAAGAUGAAGAAGAAGAAGAACUGCAACGAGCAUUAGCUGCUUCCUUGGAAGAUAACAGCAUGAAAGAGUCUUCAGAUGAUCAAUCAACAAUGACGCCUGAAGAAGUAGCGGUUGAAGCAGUUACAUCCACGGUGCUGCCAACAUUCCCACCACUGCCAGAAGAACCAAAGGGAGGUGAUCGCAGCCUACAAUGCAGAGUUGGGAUCCGUUUACCCAACGGACAAAGACUCCAGAGAAAUUUCCUCAAAACAGACACAAUUCAGCUUCUCUGGUCAUUCUGCUAUUCUCAGCUUGAGGAAUCAGAGAGGAAGAAGCCAUUGAAGCUAACACAAGCGAUUCCAGGUGAAUCAAAGACAUUGGAGUAUGAAUCUAACUUAACCUUGGAGCAGUCUGGUGUUGCCAAUUCCAUGAUCUCUGCUACAUGGGAAUGAAAUAUCAUUAUCUAUAUAACUAUCUAUUAUGCUGUUUGUUUCUUAAGGUUUAUCAGAUUAGUUGUUUUUAAAACUCUUCACUUUUUUUAAAAAAAAAACACAUUAUGUUAUUCACUUUGCAAUGGAAUGGAAAAAUCGUCUAUGAUUGUAUUUUAUUACAUGUGCAUAUUAAAUACAAUAAGCUUUU